GCCGCCCCGCGCGCAGGCGCCGGGCCGGGUUGUUUGUGACGGCGUCACCGGCGGCUGCGGCCGCGGCCCCUCGUCCGUGCCGGUCCCCGCGAGGGCCACGCUCAGUGUCCUGACGCUUCAACUGCGCUGGCGCCGAGCCGCGCUCUGGUUCAGUGUGCUUUGAAAAUGUCUGAAAAUUCCAGUGACAGUGAUUCAUCUUGCGGCUGGACUGUCAUCAAUCAUGAGGGUUCUGACAUAGAGACAGUGACUUCAGAAAAUGGAAACACAAAUGAUAACCAUGAGUUUGUUUCAGAAGAAUAUGUUUCUUUGCAAGAAGAGGAGCAAGCAAUUGAUUUGCAAGCUCAGUGCAACAAUGAUGAAGAGAUCCCAGCAGUAGAUAAUACUCUAUCUGAUUUUGAGCAAACUCAGACAGUUGCAGAGGGAAAUAAAGAAAAAAUUCCUGAUGAUGGGUCCUGCAUUGGAACUAUUAGCGAUGAUUCUGACAUUGUUACACUUGAAGCUCCAAAACCAGAAGAAACUCAGAGUCAGGAGGAAGCUCCAGCUGAUGGUGAAGAAGCUCAGAGUCCAGAGGAUUUUAACAUGGGUUCCUCCUCUAGCAGUCAAUAUGCGUUUUCCCAUGUGGAAACUGUUUUCUCAUCUCAGGCCAGCCCUGAUGAGUCCAGCAGUGAUGAAACCAGCAGCCAGUGCAGCCUCACAGUGCGUAAACGGCACCCGAGGAAGCACGGGGUGUCAAUCUCCGAGCCCGAGGCGGGGCUGCCAGCGGAGCCCGAGCCGGAGCCGCCCAGGGAGGAGCAGCAAAAGCGCCAGUUCAGCAGUGGCCUGAACAGGUGCAUCAUCCUGGCACUGGUGAUUGCCAUCAGCAUGGGCUUUGGACACUUCUAUGGUAAACCUGAAGGUACAGUGCAGAUCCAGAAACGGCAGCAGCUGGUGACAAAGACACGUGAAUUAAAAGAUAUGAAAGAUGACCUUUACCAGUGCCAACAAGAGCGUGGAGAUCAAGUGCACCACAAAGUGGGGUCACUCAAGGGAGAUCUUGCCACAUGCUUGACCUUUACUGAGGUGGAGAAGAAAUCCUUUGAUUCUCAAAAAAAAAAUCUUGCUGCAGAAAAUCAGCACUUAAGAGAAUCUCUAGAGAAGGAAGAAAAAGCUUUGGCCUCACUUCAGGAAGAAUUAAGGAAGCUAAGACAACAAAUUAGAAACUUAGAAGAUAAAGGUAGUAGCACUGAAUCUAUUGUAAUAGAAAAUCAGAAACUAAGGGAGCAUUUGGAAGAAGAAAAGCAAAGAAACAGCAAUUUUCUCAGGCAAAAGGAAACACUCUUUGCAGAGGCACAGAUGUUAAGGCGAGAACUGGACAAAGAACGUCAUGUUACAGAAGCUCUGAAAAAAGAACUAGAACAGUUAAGUUCUCGUCAAACACCUGACAGUGCUACUGAUGAUGAUGAGACAUUAAGAGAAAAUCAAGAAAUAGAAACUCUGCGAGGAAGACUGGUAGAACUGGAAAAAAAGCUAAACUUUGAGCAACAACGCUCUGACUUAUGGGAGAAGCUGUAUGUUGAAGCAAAAGACCAAACUGAAAAAGAAGAAAUUAAUGAAAAUGGACAAAAGAAAGGUGCUAAAGGGCAAAGUAAGAGUAGAAAGAAAUCAAAGGAGACGUUUUUUGGUUCAGUUAAAGAAACUUUUGAUGCUAUGAAAAAUUCCACAAAAGAGUUUGUAAGACACCAUAAAGAAAAGAUUAAGCAGGCUAAAGAAGCAGUGAAAGAAAACUUGAAAAAAUUCUCUGAUUCUGUAAAGUCUACGUUCAGACACUUCAAAGAUACCACAAAAAACAUCUUUGAUGAAAAGGAGAAGUCAUCGAGUGAUAAAAGAUAUGAGGCAAGCAAGAAAGCUCGAACUUUUUACCGAGACCAUAACUCCUACGAGAAUCUGAAGCACAUGCAUUACAGGGGACCUCACAUGCCAAAAGAAUCCAGAAAUGGAAGAAAACAUCAUUUUACAGCAUUUGAAAAAGAUUCGAAUUCCCAGAAAUGUCUCAAUGAUCAUUUGUGUAAUAGAAAACAUCAGUUUGCCCUAAAGGGCUGCUCUGGUAUUUUUGAAUGCGCUCAUCAAGAAUUCAUUAGUCUCUUUAAUAGAGUUUCGGAUCCCAUCAGGGUGGAUGAAUUUAAUCGGCUAAUGAGAAAGUAUUUGCAGCAAGUUGUACAUAACUUUCAUCAUUGGAGAGAACUAGAAAAUUUCAUCAAUAAGUUUUUUCAUAAUGGAUUAUUUAUACACGACCAGAUGCUGUUCACUGAUUUUGUUAAUGAUGUCAAGGAUUACCUGGAAGAUAUGAAGGAAUACCAAAGUAAUAAUGAAAAGGUUUUUGAGGAUUUGGACAAAUACGUCUACGGAUACUACUUCCGUCACGAUAAUUCACCCCAGUAUGGACCCAGUCGACCUAAAAGACCUUUUACACAAACUGAAAAUUCCAGACACGAAAAACAAGCUCAGAAGUACCAACACCGUAAUAAAAGAGAAGGUAAAUGGCAUAAACAUGGUCGCACUAAUGGAAGAUACAUGGCAAAUCUUGAAAUAGAAUUGGGGCAACUACCCUUUGAUCCAAAAUAUUGAGUAAUUUAUUUUAAAAAUAAGAUUAAAAUUCACAUACUCUCUGGAAACUGAUAGUUUUUCAACAAAGCAGUGAGAUGCAAGGUUUUUUCUGAAUAAUUUGAUUUUUACACAUUUUUGUUAACAGGCAGAAGUCAGGCUUUCUAAUUUGCAUAUUCUGUACUGUUGCUUUAACUGUUCUUUGGAAGUGAAGAUAGUUUGGGUGCCAGCAGUAUUGUUGCAGAAACUAGGCAUGCAAUGACCUGUGUAUGAAAAAUAUGCUUAAUUGCAUUCCAUUAGAGUAGUUAAAGCUUGAGCCAUGCAUAAUGUACCAACUACUAACUCCAAUGUUUGAUAUACUAACUUCAUCUCAUCCUUCAAAAAAUAGGUCUACAUCGUGGUAAUGUAUUUGCUAGUGUUUUGUAACCUUAUAUUUGCUUCCUGUCUUUGGGGGGGGGUUCAAGAGCCUGUUGAAUUGUGAAGAAUUUGCUGUGCUACAUUCUAAUCAGUGUGCUGAUUUAAACACUUGAAAUGUCUUGCAUAUCUGCAUAUUGUAGAAGAAAAAUAAAGAGACAUUGUGGGUAAAA